GGAGCCUAAGUCGCACAAUUUCAAAGCAAAUUUCAAGUUUAGAUCGUAUCAACACGAGUAGUCGUAGCAAUAUCUAAUUUGGACGAAAAAAUGUGGAGGUUGAAGAUUGCAAAUGGGGUUAAUAACCCAUAUCUUUACAGCACAAACAAUUUCGUUGGAAGGCAAACAUGGGAGUUUGACCCUAACUAUGGAACUCCAGAAGAGCGUAAUGAAGUUGAAAAAGCACGUCUUCAUUUCUGGGAUCAUCGACAUGAAGUUAAGCCCAGUAGUGAUGUCCUUUGGCGCAUGCAGUUUUUAAGAGAGAAGCAGUUUAAACAAACCAUAGCUCAAGUGAAGAUAGAAGAUGGUGAAGACAUUAAUUAUGAAAAAGUUACCACCACAUUGAGGAGGUCUGUUCACUUAUUUGCAGCCUUGCAGGCUGAGGAUGGCCAUUGGCCAGCUGAAAAUGCCGGUCCAAUGUACUUCAUACAGCCAUUGGUUAUAUGCUUGUAUAUCACAGGGCAUCUUAACAGCAUGUUCCCACAAGAACAUAAAAARGAAAUUCUUAGAUACUUAUAUUGUCAUCAGAAUGAAGAUGGUGGGUGGGGAUUUCACAUUGAAGGUCAUAGCACUAUGUUUGGCACCACUCUCAGUUACAUUUGUAUGCGUCUUCUAGGAGAAGGACCUGAUGGUGGUUUGAAUGGUGCAUGCACCAAAGCUCGAAAAUGGAUUCUWGAUCAUGGCAGUGCGACAACCAUUCCCUCUUGGGGAAAAACAUGGCUUUCGAUACUUGGUGUUUGUGAGUGGGCAGGAAACAACCCAAUGCCCCCUGAGUUUUGGAUCCUCCCUUCCUUCCUUCCCAUGCAUCCAGCAAAAAUGUGGUGUUACUGUAGGCUCAUAUACAUGCCUAUGUCGUACCUAUACGGAAGAAGAUUUGUGGGUCCAAUCUCUCCUCUUGUUUUACAGCUUCGGAAUGAACUUUAUUCACAACCCUACGAUGAAAUUAACUGGAAGAGUAUGAGACAUUUGUGUGCAAAGGAGGACCUAUACUAUCCCCAUCAUUUACUACAAGAUUUAAUGUGGGAUAGCCUCUACAUAUUCACCGAACCUCUCCUAACUCACUGGCCAUUUAACAAACUGCGCGAGAAAGCACUCAAAACAACCAUGAACCAUAUCCAUUAUGAAGAUGAGAAUAGCCGAUAUAUCACCAUUGGUUCAGUGGAGAAGGCACUGUGUAUGCUUGCAUGUUGGGUUGAAGAUCCAAAUGGGGUUUGCUUUAAAAAGCACCUUGCCCGGAUCCCAGAUUAUAUCUGGGUUGCUGAAGAUGGAAUGAAAAUGCAGACUUUUGGCAGUCAGGGAUGGGAUGCAAGUCUCGCCAUCCAAGCUCUAUUGGCUAGUGAUCUUAUCCACGAGAUUGGCCCUACCCUGAAGAAAGGACAUGACUUUAUUAAAGCUUCACAGGUAAAGGAUAAUCCUUCUGGUGACUUUAAAAGCAUGUAUCGCCAUAUUUCCAAAGGAUCAUGGACCUUUUCAGAUCAAGACCAUGGAUGGCAAGUUUCUGAUUCUACUGCUGACGGAUUGAAGUGUUGCCUCCUAUUGUCAAUGAUGCCGGCAGAAUUUGUUGGUAAGAAGAUGGAGCCUGAGCAACUUAACAAUGCUGUUAACGUAAUACUUUCCAUGCCGAGCAUAAAUGGUGGGCUACCAGCAUGGGAACCAGCAAGAUCAUCAAAAUGGUUGGAGAUUCUCAAUCCUACAGAGUUCUUCGCUGACAUUGUCAUUGAGCAUGAGUACAUUGAAUGCACAUCAUCAGUAAUACAGGCCUUGGCAUUGUUUAAGAAUUCAUACCCUGAACAUAGGAGUAAAGAAAUAGAUAGUCUCCUUACCAAAGCAGGUGAAUACAUUGAGAAAAUACAGAUGUCAGAUGGUUCGUGGUAUGGAAACUGGGGUAUCUGUUUUACAUACGCUACCUGGUUUGCUCUUGGAGGACUGGCAGCAAUCGGUAAGACAUACGAAAAUUGUCAGGCAGUGGGUAAAGCUGUCAAUUUUCUGCUGAAAACACAGCUGRAGGAUGGUGGUUGGGGAGAAAGCUACCGAUCCUGCAUAGAAAAGAAAUAUGUGCCUCUAGAAGGAGGACAAUCCAACUUGGUACAAACUGCAUGGGCUAUGAUGGGGUUGAUACAUACCCAACAGGCGGAAAGAGAUCCUACACCUUUACACAGAGCUGCUAAGUUAUUGAUCAACUCCCAGCUGAAAAAUGGUGAUUUCCCCCAACAGGAAACAUCUGGAGUUUUCAAGCAAACCUGUCUGUUGCACUAUCCAUUAUACAGGAAUAUAUUCCCAAUGUGGGCUCUAGCUGCUUAUCGUAAGGUGCUCYCACAACCCACAKCCAUCCAACACCAUCAUCAGUGCAAAUAAAUAGCUAUGGUGUCUAUACUUGUAUCCAAAAAACCGAUGUUUAAAUCGGUGUUAAAAAUUUGUUAUAAUAA